UACUUGAUGAAAUUAUGAUAUUAUUAGAAUUUACAACAUUAUCUGAAUCUACAAUAUUUUUAGAAUCUACAACUAUAUUAAAAGUAUUAAUUGAAGUUGUAAAAUUAUUAUCAGAAUUUAUAGAUCAG